UGGUUCAUCAAAUGCUUGGAUUCUUGAUACGGGUGCAAGUUCUCAUAUUCGUGCCUCUAUGCGGGAACUAGCAAGUAGUGAGAGCUUGGAGAAGAAUGAGGUAACCCUAAAGCUUGGAGAUGGAGCAAGUGUUGUUGCCAAGGCUAUUGGAUCACCCUCUAUUGAUCUUAAUGAUCAU